AUGUUUCGCUCCAUAAGCCGACGAGUUCCACGCCAGCUCCCUCACCAAAUUCCUCGUCCAACGGCGCCAUCCCGUCUCGCCCUACGCGCGUUCACAUGCGGUUAUCCUCGGAUGUCGUCACCACCUGCUCAACCAGUGUCCACCACACUGCCAUCCGACGCAUACCAGUUGCUGUCGACCGCUGAGAAAGCUGGCGCCGCAGAGGAUGCCCUGUAUGAACAACAAAUCCGCGACGUGCAAGCAUGGUGGGACUCCCCUCGGUACGAGGGCAUCAAGCGACCCUAUUCGGCUGAGGAUGUCGUGAGCAAGCGUGGAUCGCUGCAACAGAGCUAUCCCAGUUCACUAAUGGCGCGGAAACUGUUCAAUUUGCUGAAUGAGCGGGCUGCGGCUGGCGAGCCGGUACACACCAUGGGUGCCAUUGACCCUGUCCAGAUGACACAGCAAGCUCCCAACCAGGAGAUUUUGUAUAUUUCCGGAUGGGCUUGCUCAUCCCUUCUUACUAGCACCAAUGAGGUUUCCCCCGAUUUCGGCGAUUACCCCUAUAAUACGGUACCGAACCAGGUCCAGCGCCUGUUCAAGGCGCAAUCGAUGCACGAUCGGAAGCAGUGGGAUGCUCGACGUAAAUUAACUGCGGAGGAGCGCAAAAAUACCCCUUACGUGGAUUACAUGCGACCGAUUGUGGCAGAUGGCGAUACCGGACAUGGCGGUUUAUCGGCGGUUUUGAAGCUGGCCAAAUUAUUCGCUGAGAACGGUGCUGCGGCUGUGCACUUUGAGGAUCAGCUCCACGGUGGUAAGAAGUGCGGCCACUUGGCUGGCAAAGUUCUGGUUCCCAUUGGCGAGCACAUUAACAGACUGACUGCUGCGCGAUUCCAAUGGGAUAUGAUGGGCUGUGAAAACCUGGUCAUUGCGCGCACAGAUUCAGAAAGCGGCAAGCUUAUUAGCAGUGCUAUUGAUGUGCGGGACCAUGAGUUUAUCCUCGGUAUCACAGAAGAGGUCGAGCCGUUAGCCGAAACUCUGCAGGCGAUGGAGCGCGAGGGCGCUUCACCAGCUGAAAUUGAUGCGUUUGAACUUGACUGGGUCAAGAACCACAAGCUUGUCUCCUUUGAUGAGGCUGUCGAUGCUCACCUCGAGGCCGAGGGUGCCAGCCAAUCUACCAGAGACGCGUACAAGGCUCAAGUCGAGAAGAACCCUAACCUUUCUUUCUCUCGUCGUCGCGUCUUGGCUGCUGACUACACCAAGACUCCAGUGGUCUGGUCAUGCGACAGCCCGCGCACUCGCGAGGGAUUCUAUCACUACCGCGCAGGUUUCCCAGCCGCCACCAAGCGUGCUAAGGAAUUUGCUCCGUACGCCGAUCUUCUCUGGGUUGAGACCGGUGAUCCAGAUGUUGAGAAGGCAGGCAAGCUGGCAGGUGAUAUUCGCGAGGUCUACCCUGGCAAGAAGCUUGUUUACAACUUGAGCCCUUCGUUCAAUUGGAUGAGCCAAGGAUUUACCGAGGCUUCUCUCAAGUCGUUCAUUUGGGAUAUUGCCAAGCAUGGAUUCGUCCUGCAAUUGAUCUCCCUUGCAGGUCUUCACAGCAACGCCACUGUCACAACGGAAUUGUCACGUGCCUUCAAGGAUGAGGGUAUGCUCGCCUAUGUGCGACUUAUCCAAGCCCGCGAGAAGGAGAUGGGUGUCGACGUUCUUACUCACCAGAAGUGGAGUGGUGCGCCAUACAUGGAUGGCAUCCUGGGUGCAAUUCAGAGCGGAAGCAGCAGCAGUAAGAGUAUGGGCGAGGGUAACACCGAGAAAGGCUUCUAA